GAGCUCUUGUGAGAGAAGAGAAAACGAAAAAAAAGGAACCAUAGCUAAAAAAAACUUGCCAAGUGUCGUCGUCCAGCCACUCUCACAGGACACAGGACACUCGACACAGGACACGUAGUAGUAACGCGCGCAACAAGAAGAAUCAAGCAACAACAGCAACAACAACAAAAGCAACAAAAUGGCCAUAAACUUUUCGGCCUCAUUUGCGGCUUGCAUAGCGGCUGGCCUGAAAGUGCCCCGCCAGAUAAUGUACUGCAUUACCCAGGACACGGGCCAGCCGUAUGUGUUGUACAAGGACUCGCAGGAGGCUGAACGCAAUCCCGCCGCAGCCGCAGCAGCGGCGCAAUGGGGCAGCGAAAUGUAUCCCAAUAUACAGCAGCAGGCCCAACAGCAUCUCAGUGCCCAGCAGCAACAGCAGCAGCAGCAACAGAAUGCAGCGCAGGUCGCUGCUCAGGCAGCGGCAGCCGCUGCAGCAGCAGCGAAUCAGCCGCAAAGCCCGCCCGGUGGAACAGAGCCAAGGGACAAUGUUGGCAGCGGCGAUGGACGCCAGCAGCAGCAGCAACAACAGGUGUCCCCCUCAUCCAGUCCAUAUCCGUCGGUGCAGCAGCAACAGCGAGCCAAUGGGGCAAGCGACGAGGAUGCCAUGAAUCAGCUUGCCAACCAGCAGCAACAGCAAUCCGUAAAUCAAAAUAGCAACGAAACACAACAACAUGCAACCAGUAACGCUGCAGGCGGCGAAACGGGCGGCGGCAAUCCACAUCCGCCGGGCGGCGAUCCCAGCAAUGGGCAGCAGCAAUUCCAAACGCCCGACUACUAUGCCCACUCACGUCAUGCAGGACCGCAGGGCGGCCUGAUGGCGCCGCCUGGUUUCCCGCCCUUGCACUAUCUCAAUAAAUCUGGUCUACCCGGCAUGGAGCAGAAUGGAGCAGCCGAAUCGUCGACAUAUACAUUGCCGCCCGAAUUGCUGCCGGGCCAACAGAAUGGUGCACCCAGCAAUACGAAUGCCGGCAAUGCAAACGAAACGCCACCAACAAAUGGUCCGACGCCAUCUCAGACUGGCGGUCGAACUGGCAAUGGCCCGGGACGUCCGCACAAGAAUAAGCCCCACAGUGAUUUGCGUCUAUUCAAGUGCCUUACCUGCGGCAAGGACUUCAAGCAGAAGAGCACGCUACUGCAACACGAUCGCAUACACACAGAUGCCCGGCCAUUUCCCUGCUCCGAGUGUGGCAAACGUUUCCGUCAGCAAUCGCAUUUGACGCAACAUUUACGCAUCCAUGCCAACGAAAAGCCCUUCACCUGCCCGUACUGUUCGCGCAGCUUUCGACAGCGAGCCAUACUCAAUCAGCAUAUACGCAUCCAUUCGGGUGAGAAGCCCUUCGCCUGCCCCGAGUGCGGCAAGCACUUUCGCCAGAAGGCCAUCCUCAAUCAGCAUGUGCGCACCCACCAAGAUGUGUCACCGCAUCUCAUUUUCAAGAAUGGUCCACAUCCGACGCUGUGGCCCUCGGAUGUACCAUUUCCGGGCGAUGAACCAGACACGAAAGGCGAUAUCGCUGGCGGUGGAGGAGGCUACCAUGAUGAUGACUCGCAGGGUACACCGGAUGGUAGCGGUGGCAUGCAUUAUCCCUCAUACUUCAAGGAUGGCAAGGGUCAAAAGAUUCUACCGGAGGUGCUUCAACAUAUUGGCGCUAGGCCAGCGAAUAUGCCACUCUAUGUACGGUGCCCAAUUUGUGAUAAGGAGUUCAAACAAAAGACCACUCUGCUGCAGCACGGUUGCAUCCACAUCGAAUCACGACCAUAUCCGUGUCCCGAGUGCGGUAAACGUUUCCGUCAGCAAUCGCAUUUAACUCAACACUUGCGUAUACAUACAAAUGAAAAGCCAUUCGGUUGUAUGUACUGUCCGCGUUUCUUCCGCCAGAGAACUAUACUGAAUCAGCACUUGCGCAUUCAUACAGGGGAAAAGCCUUAUAAAUGCGGCCAGUGUGGCAAGGAUUUCAGACAGAAGGCCAUCUUGGAUCAGCAUACGCGUACCCACCAGGUAGGAGAUCGACCCUUCUGCUGUCCCAUGCCCAAUUGUCGACGACGAUUUGCCACUGAGAAUGAGGUGACAAAACAUAUUGAUAAUCAUAUGAAUCCCAAUACCACCAAAGUGCGACGUCAGCAACAGCAGCAACAUGGCCAGCAGGUGCAACAGCAGCAGCAGCAGCAACAGCAGCAGCAGCAACAACAGCAACAACAACAGAAUAACAAUAAUACUGUAAGCCAUCUAAUGAACGAUGCCAAAAGCCAUUUGGCAGCACAACAAUUCCUCACGAACAACAACAAUAAUCCAUCGUCGGUGGACAACAAAUCCAAUAUAUUGCCAGUGAGAAGUUUAGCAGCAGCAAAUGCGGCAGCCGCCGCUGUUGUCCAGCAGUCGGUGGUCAAGAAUGAGCUAUACUUCCCACAAUGCUAUGGACCACCAUUUCAGCAUACCUUCCAGCAGCAGCCGCAACAGCAACAGCAGCCAAGUGUGGCGCAUGCAAAUGGCGGUGGGCCGACGCCACCAGUAACGGUAACGGUGGCAAAUUCUGUGGCGCCCGGCGGUGGUGUGGUGGUGCAACAGAAUCCAGCCACAUCAGUAGUGGCUCAGUGACAUCCCACCACUGGAGCGGCACCGCAACAACAACAACAGCAGCAGCAAUCUAGUGCACAACAACAGCAGCAGC